AUGCUGACCUGUGGUGUGUUGUUGCCUCUCUCCAGCCUGACGGCCACUCUGGCCAGUGUGGGUGCGGCCAGUAUCCCCAGUGCGGGGCUGGUCACGAUGCUGCUCAUCCUCACCGCAGUGGGGCUGCCCACGAACGACAUCAGCCUCCUGGUGGCCGUUGACUGGCUGCUGGACCGGUUGCGGACGUCGGUCAACGUGAUUGGCGACUCCUACGGAGCGGGCAUCGUCCACCACCUGUCCGCGGGCGAGCUGGCCGCCAUCGAUGCCCAGCACGCUGCCCACAACCACCUGGGGAUGACCAAGACCAGGCCCUCGCUUGACCACCAGACCGUCUACGAGAUGGAGAUCAAAGCGCCGCUGCCCGACGCCGGAUACAACGCCAUCCCCACCGAGGAUUACCAAAUUCUCGACACCAAGGAGGAGGGGGCUGAGGAAGAUGACCAUGAGAUGGGGGGGUUGUUAGAGGCGGAGGAGCUGAAGAACAGCGACGAAACGCUGCCCAACUGCGACGUGGAGAAGGCGGAAGGAGGGAAUGGAGAAGACGGGAAUGGAGAAGAGGAAUAACGUGGUCUCAGCCUUUUCUUCCCCAAGUAGCGAGCUGCUGCAGUAACCCCUGGUCAUAGGUAGCGACCCAAGACUCCGUUACAACCAACUGGAUGUUAGACGUGUUACCCAAUGUAUAUUGUACUGUUUGUGGGAUGGUUUCCUUAAGAGGCAACUAUUGGAAUCCGAGGGGCAUCUUUUCCACACAGAGGGUGGUGGGUGCAUGGAACGAGCUGCCAGAGGAGGUAGUUGAGGCUGGGACUAUCCCAACAUUUAAGAAACAGUUAGACAGGUAC